CACUCUUACUUGAUUAUCUGAGCUAAAAUCUGUAACACUCAACCGCCUUUACAGCGCCAUUUUAUUUGUGUUGUGCUCCGAAGAUUUUGUCCAAACAACACCUCCAACUCGAGCGCAAUAACUAAAAGAGAAGAAAGAGAAAAGGAGGGAGAUUAAGAGGCUUGUUCCUACACAUCUCUGCAACUUCCCUGUACGUGGGUCUCCGAAAGAUCUCUUGUUUCAGGCGUUUGGGUUGUUAGUUCUCCUCUGUUUUACUUCAUUUAGUUCAAUUCGACUUCAUUUGGUGUUCCAUUGAUGGAUUAUUGUCUUUCUGGUAUCUGGGUUUUCCAAAUCAGAUGGUGCUUUUCCCUGCUGUAACUAAAUAAAGAUGAGAGGAGCUGUUGGUACCUUGCCAAGCCCUGUUGAGGCCAGACACAGAUUGUCCGGAUCAAUUGAUGACACAAAUAAGAGAAGAUUCCAGAGAAACAAAGAUUUUAAAGAUGUUGAGAAGCACUUCCAGGUUUCCAUCCAAGAUAGGAACCGAAAUUGCAAGUUUCUUUCUUUGAAACUUGUACUGGUUAUUAUUAUCUUUGGCACUUUCUUAACAUUCCUUCACUCUCCCGCAGUUUAUAAUGAGUACCAAUCAGACUCUGGUUCUAGGCCAAGUUUUGUAGACAGAUGGAUAUGGGAGAGGCCUGUCAUAGAUCCACGUUAUGUGUCAUAUGUAGAUGUUAACUGGGACCAGAUCACACAAACUAUUGGAAGACUGCCUGACAGAAAUGGACAUCAGACAAUAGGCCUAUUAAAUUUCAAUGACAGUGAAAUUGAUCAGUGGAAGAAAUUGAUACCAAGUGCUAAGCAUGCUGUUCUGCAUCUAAAGUAUGCUGACAAAAAUGUUACUUGGGAAUCCUUAUAUCCUGAAUGGAUAGAUGAGGAAGAAGAAUCUGAAGUGCCCAUUUGUCCAUCCCUACCUGAGCCUGGGGUUUCUAAAACACCACGACUCGAUCUCAUUGCAGUCAAGCUUCCCUGUAACAGGUCAGGGGAGUGGUCAAGAGAUGUUGCCCGGUUACACUUGCAGCUUGCUGCAGCAAGGUUUGCUGCCUUUGCUAAAGGCUAUCAUCCUGUACAUGUUCUCAUUAUAACAGAUUGUUUCCCAAUCCCAAACCUCUUCACUUGCAAGGAUCUGAUUGUACGUGAAGGGAAUGCAUGGCUCUACAAGCCUAAUUUAAGUGCACUAAGGGAGAAGCUUGGGCUCCCUGUUGGAUCGUGUGAACUUGCACUUCCACUCAAAGCCAAAGAGAGGGCAUACUCAGGAACAGUUCAUCGGGAAGCAUAUGCAACAAUUCUUCAUUCUGCCCAUGUAUAUGUAUGUGGUGCCAUUGCUGCAGCACAGAGUAUUCGUAUGGUUGGUUCCACAAGGGACCUAGUGAUUUUGGUGGAUGAGACAAUCAGUGAGUAUCACAGAGGGGGACUUGAGGCAGCAGGAUGGAAGAUUCGGACAAUUCAGAGGAUCAGGAAUCCAAAAGCCGAGAGGGAUGCUUACAAUGAAUGGAACUACAGCAAGUUUCGCCUCUGGCAAUUGACUGACUAUGACAAGAUCAUCUUCAUUGAUGCAGACCUACUCAUUCUAAGGAACAUAGAUUUUCUCUUUGGGAUGCCAGAGAUUACUGCAACUGGAAACAAUGCCACUCUCUUCAACUCUGGGGUGAUGGUGGUUGAACCAUCAAAUUGUACAUUCCAACUCCUGAUGGAUCACAUCAAUGAAAUUGAGUCCUACAAUGGUGGGGACCAGGGGUAUCUGAAUGAAGUCUUUACAUGGUGGCACCGCAUUCCAAAACACAUGAACUUCUUGAAGCACUUCUGGAUGGGUGAUGAAGAAGAGAAGAAAGUGAUGAAGACCCACCUCUUUGGGGCUGAUCCUCCAAUCCUUUAUGUCCUCCAUUAUCUGGGUUUAAAACCUUGGCUGUGUUUCCGGGACUAUGAUUGCAAUUGGAAUGUAGACAUACUACAGGAGUUUGCAAGUGAUGUUGCACACAAGCGUUGGUGGAAGGUUCAUGAUGCAAUGCCAGAGAACUUGCAGAAGUUCUGCCUAUUGAGGUCCAAGCAGAAGGCUGCAUUGGAGUGGGACCGGAGACAAGCGGAAAAGGCCAACUACACAGACGAGCACUGGAGGAUCAAUAUAACUGAUCACCGUUUAAAGACAUGCUUUGAGGACUUUUGCUUCUGGGAGAGCAUGUUAUGGCACUGGGGUGAGACAAAUUGGACAGACAAUGCAACACUCACCCCGGCUCCACCUACAGUUAAAACAGCAUCUCUCUCUAGUUUGUAGAUCAGAGUACGCCUUCAUUAUUCCAUUUCCUUUUCCUUAAAAAAGACAGUUACGGAUGCCCCAAGUUUAAUCAACAAAUGGGGUACACAAUACAUCAUAUGGGUCUCCUGACUCCUCUUGCCAAUGUCAAAUAGCUCCACAUAAAGUGUUAGAUACCCAUCAUGGUCUGGAUUUUGUAGAGUUAAUCAACUUAAGUACAUUUGAGGCUGAUCCCUUAUGCCUUUGUAUUGAGAUUAUGAUUCGAGGUAUCUUUCUUGCUUAUAGGAUAUCUUUUAUUGUUAAUGUCAUACAGUUUAUAUA